AUGAAGCUUUCUACAGGUCGCGGACUGGUCGAGGAGCGCGACGAACUAGACGUAGCAUCCUACCGAGGCAACGGCUAUAUCGAAGACCUUGCGGACCACAUGCAUUGGAGCGGUCAGCUUUCUCCGGACAGAACGGUCCCCAAUGGGCGCAGGCGAAACCUGAUCCGCUAUACAGCCGGCACCGGCUUCCGAGUCGAUGUGACAGCGGAGCUACGGUAUGAGCAGCUCAUAUGCUCGAAGGUCGAUAGCCCAAUCGCGUGGAGAAACCUACCUGAUAGGUGGCCUGCCCCCGCAAGGGAGUUGCCGAUUAACGAAGAAGCAAUCUAUCUUCAUCAGGUCUGCUCAGCUGCUGCCAUAUCACACGUCCUCUGUGUCCCGUACCACAGUUCUAUGGUGCUGCUGUCAAGCAGUCAGGAAUCUCGCAGUCGUGGUAGUGUCUUCGACAUCCGAGGACGCAUUGCAUCGGACGAGGGAGACGAGACAAGGCAUGUGCUUCUUGAGAUAUAUGGUCCGAACGGUUUGCCAGGCAUAUCUCUGGAGACCUCAGAAGAUGGUCGCAAGAAGUUUCUUGUCACUGACCUACGAUCUGCGGUACUUCUCUUUGGUCUGCCAACACGGACCCAUCUUCGCCAUCUUCGGAUGGAUGUCCUGGACGUGCUGCACGAUCCUACAUCGUUCCCCAUCGGACCAGUCAGAUUUGACCGGUUCAAGUAUCCGGCUGAGCUUCAUCAGCCAUACACCAUCGAGCGAACCAUGUGGUUGCCACCAGGCUCUCGCGUUCGGACACACCUGGAUGUUGCAUUCGAUGGAUCGCAAGUACGGCUGACCGACCCACUGAACUCCGAAAACAUGACUUAUAUAGAAAUUCAAGACACCCGCGGAAACCCGAGCGAUAUUGAGAACUAG